UAUUUGCAGCAGAGAGGUGACGUCACUCUGCAGUGGGAUAGAAACAGAACAGGAAGCUGAAAUGAAGGAUUUUUUUUUUUUUUUGCAUUAUUUUCUGAUCUAUAACUUUCUGUUAUUAUUCCUUCGAAACAAUGGCUGAAGAAUCAUUAAUUAGUUUUAAUUUAAAAAAGUGACUUAAUGCAUAUAUCAGUUGUAUUAAAAACAAGUGUAAAGACUAGGCUUGUUUAAUCUGUCUUAAUUAAUCAGUAGGAGUUAAUGUGUAGUUAAUGUGUAGUUAAUGUGUAGUUAAUGUAUUAACCAGAGAAAUGGGGACAGUUCAGAAGCUGAUGAAGAUUAGCAGGAGAUCAGUGCACUUUCUUGCACCAUCACUGAAUGCACGCUGGACCAGGCUGCAGAGCCGAAGCUGUUCCAGGUCCUCAUCAGAGAAACAGGCUCCUGAUCCUCAUCCGUCCAUGCUGAGGCAUCUGGUGUCCAAAAUUACAGCCACGGGUCCCAUCACGGUGGCUGAGUACAUGCGUGAAGUCCUCACUAACCCCGUCUCGGGAUAUUAUGUGAAGAACGACAUGCUGGGAGCUGAUGGAGAUUUUAUCACAUCGCCAGAAAUAAGCCAGAUUUUUGGAGAGUUGCUUGGUAUCUGGUGUGUAAGCGAGUGGAUGGCUGCAGGAAAACCCAAAGCAUUUCAGCUUGUAGAACUCGGACCAGGACGAGGCUCCUUGACCAGUGACCUCCUGAGGGUCUUCAGUCAGUUGCAGUCAGCUCUGUGUGGAGCGUCAGUGUCUGUUCACUUGGUGGAGGUGAGCCCAAAGCUAAGCGAGGUCCAGGCUCGCUGUCUAACUGGAGAAAACAGUCAGGUGUGUGUGAGUGAUGAAGAGUGUGUGUACCGCACUGGCACCACACACACCGGCGUUCCUGUCUCAUGGUACCACAGGAUCGACGACAUUCCCAGAGGCUUCAGUAUAUUCUUGGCCCAUGAGUUUUUCGAUGCCCUGCCCAUUCAUAAGUUUCAGAGAACAGAGAAGGGUUGGAGAGAGGUGAUGGUUGAUGUUGACCCUGAGGAACCCAAUAAGCUCAGAUUUGUGGUGUUUCCUGCUCCUACUCUCGCAUCUACGACACUCGUGCAAGCGGAUGAGCAGCGGCAGCACGUGGAGGUUUGUGCAGAAGGCGGAGUCAUUGUUCAGAAGCUGGCCAAUCGGGUCUCAGAGGACGGGGGUGCAGCGCUGAUCGCAGACUACGGACACAACGGAACGAAGACGGACACGUUCAGAGGUUUUAGAGGGCACAAACUGCAUGACGUUCUGGAGGCUCCGGGCAGCGCAGACCUGACUGCAGACGUCGACUUUAGUUAUCUGAGGAAAAUGGCUGGAGACGCAGUGGUCUGCUUCGGACCCAUCACACAGAGAGCCUUUCUCAAGAACAUGGGCAUUGACACGCGCCUGCAGGUCCUGUUGAGAAGCUGUAACGACUCCUCCACCCGAGCUCAGCUUGUCCACGGCUACAGUAUGCUGACUGAUCCGGAGAAGAUGGGCCACAGGUUCCAGUUCUUGUCGCUGCUGAAUCCCAGUCGUCUGGCUCAGCCAGAGGAGGAGGAAGGAGUCAUGACGAAGAGAAGGAGGAAGGGUUUGGUGCCACUCCCUGUUGCUGGAUUCACCGAGCUUGGGCUAAACUGAGACUCGACUCAGAACCCACCGUUUCUCUGCUGUGAUGCAGAAACUGUCUUAUACUGUACAGCUCUAUACCGUACUAAUGCAGUAUAAUAAGAAGAGUCAGAUGAUGGACUGGAUUUACUGAAAAAAAGAAAUGUGAAGCACACUAUCACUCCAUCAUCCACAGUGGAAGAGAAGUGGAGAAGCCUGUACGGGAUAACCACGCCCCUGACGAUGGGUAUAGGUUUUCUGCAACAUCAAUUUAGUUUCUGUCUCAAAAGUGUAAAUGGGAACGGACUGAACAAAAUAAAAAUGCACAGCACAGUGAGCACUGACGGUUAAUUUAAUACUUUUGUCUCUCCUGGAUUUCAAUGUUAUGUUUCUCAAAGUCUAAUUUGGUGAACGACAUCCUGAUUUGUUUUUCUGCAGUGUUUCACACCGUCACCUCACAGCAAGCAGGUUCUGGGUUCAGACUUGCCGGUUGACUGGGUCUUUUCUGUGUGGAGUUUCCAUGUUCUCCAGGUGCUCCAGUUUCCUCCCACAGUCCAAAGUCAUGGGGAAAAGUUCAGCUGGCUGCUCUGAAUUGCCCAGAGGUUUGAAUGUUAGUGUGAAAGGCUGUCUGUCUGUCUGUCUGUCUGUCUGUCUGUCUGUCUGUCUGUCUGUCUGUCUGUCCGUGUUAGCCCCAUGAUAGACUGGAAACCUGCCCAGGGUGUCCCCCGGAUCUCGCCCAGUGUCAGCUCGGCUUGGCCGCAGCAUCCCCGCGGUAUAGAAAGUGAAUGAAUGUUUGCUGCGUGGUGUUUAUGUUCAGUCGAGUCCUGUGUCAAGACUAGUGUUUCUCAUCAGACUGUGCCUUCAUGAUGGAAAAUAAUUUUGCUGCAGAGUGAUCUUCGUAAAUUAAAUCAAAUUUUAUAGAGGCCUUUAAACACUUUCUGCAUCACUAAGCGCUGAAUCCCUGAACGCUUUGGGCAAAGCAUGCAGUUUGGUUGGGGUUCUGAGAGCAGUGCACUCGUGUGUCAGCGAUACAGUGCAAGGCUUUUCCACGAUUUGACUCUUUCUGUUUUAUAUAGUUUAUACUGUAUGUGUGAUAAUGUCAAUCCAAAUGGUAGCCAUGAGGAUAUGAACUCUGACCCAGUCCAAAGCCAUGCAGAUUAGGUCAGCUGGUUAUUGCUCAGAGGUGUGAACGUGAGUGUGAAAGGUGGUUCGUCUCGGCGUUGGCCCUGUGAUGGACCUCCCCGUGACUCUGCAUGUUCUAGUUACCUUCUCUUCUUGCUUGAGCCAAUAAAAUGUUCUAGACACUGCCAAAAAGCAGAGCUCCUGAAGAAUGUAUGAGCAAAAUGUUUGCAAGGACACAAAAUCCCCCUGAUUCGAAUAAUAAUAUUAUAGCAGAUGAACCAGUGAAUUGUGUCGUGUUGUGUAUUUUGCGUCAAUAAAUCACUGCAUUGUCUUGUGACAGUGAGACCAAUAAUGAGAUUCACAUUGCAGUUACGAUACAUAUUUAUUCUUUUCUUUAACGCCGCAUGCCAUGCGCCAGAAACAACAACACUACAUUUAUUAUGGUGAGACUCUGCUGGGUGCCUGGGGGACAGCAGUGAGCAGCGCUUUCACUUUACAUCAGUAUCAAACUCGAUACAUCAGACAGUUGUCUGGUUACAUCUUUCACGUCCAUGCGCGUUGGUACACGUGCAGCACCAUUAAGACUACUGACCAUGCACCUGUUCCUGAUUAGAGUGCAAUCACAGCGCAGUCAUAUUAAGGACUGUCAGUAACACACAGUCUUUGUGAUGUAUACACUCUGUACCCUGCGUCUGACGUUACUAAGUCUUGUAUUUUGUAUCACUUUUCUGGUUUUGACCCUGUUUGUGUUUUUGGACUGUGAGUAUUGUAUUCCCUCUGAUAUCCUCUCUGUGCCUCACUGGCUGUUUGCUGACUCUGUCUUCAUUUUGGAUCUGUUUGCUAGUGUGCUUUCAACAAAGCUAUUCCUGAACUUGCAUCCAUCUGUCGCCCUUACAUGACACAAACUCUCAACUGCCCAACAAGCUAGCAGACUAAUAAAACUUUUAACUAGUUUUAUAUGAAA